AUGGCCAACCCAUUAUACAUCGGCUUCGACCUCUCAACCCAACAACUCAAAGGCCUGGUCGUGUCCUCGGACCUCAAAGUCGAAUACGAAGCCAAAUUCGACUUUGACGCCGACUCGCACGGCUUCGAAAUCAAAAAGGGUGUUUUGACCAAUGAAGCCGAACAUGAAGUUUUUGCCCCCGUCGCGCUGUGGUUGCAGGCGUUGGACUCGGUGUUGAAUACACUUGAAGAACAAGGAUUAGAUUUUGGGCGGGUAAAUGGGAUUAGUAUUGCGGGUCAGCAGCAUGGCAGUGUGUAUUGGAGUGCCGAUGCGGAGAGGCUGUUAAAAGGGUUGGAUAAAGGGAAGACGUUGGAGGAGCAGUUGGAAGACGCAUUUUCGCAUCCGUUUAGCCCUAAUUGGCAGGACGCGAGUACGCAGAGGGAGUGCGAUGAAUUUGAUGCAUAUUUGGGUGGACCGGAGGCGUUGGCGGAGGUGACGGGGAGUAAGGCGCAUCAUCGAUUCACAGGUCCUCAGAUCCUACGAUUUCAGCGGAAAUACCCAGAACAGUAUAAGAAAACAUCCAGAAUCUCGCUUGUAUCUUCAUUCCUAGCUUCGCUGUUCCUAGGCAGCAUCGCCCCCUUCGAUAUCUCAGACGUCUGCGGAAUGAAUCUAUGGAAUAUCAAAGCCGGAUCAUGGGAUGACGGUCUCCUCAAACUGUGUGCAGGCGAAUUCGGAGUCGACGCCUUGAAAAAAAAGCUCGGUGAUGUACCCGAAGACGGCGGCCUUCAUCUAGGCAAAAUCCACAAGUACUUCGUUGAGCGAUACUCAUUCAAUCCAGACUGCACGAUAAUACCCUCAACGGGCGAUAACCCGUCAACAAUUCUUGCCCUGCCGCUUAAGCCAUCCGAUGCGAUGGUCUCAUUAGGAACGUCGACUACGUUUUUAAUGUCUACGCCCAUGUACAAACCCGACCCCGCGACUCACUUUUUUAACCACCCUACAACACCGGGAUUACACAUGUUCAUGCUGUGCUACAAAAACGGUGGCCUGGCGCGAGAGCAUGUCCGCGACGCAAUCGAUAAGCAAGUAGGCGGAGCUGCAGACCAGAUCCCAUGGGCGAACUUCGACAAGGCUUUGUUGGAAGCCCCCGCCAUGGGUCAAAAAGCUGACUCUGACCCCAUGAAGAUGGGUCUUUUCUUCCCCAGGCCAGAAAUCGUACCGAAUUUGCGGUCUGGGCAGUGGAGGUUUAACUACAACCCGCAAGACCAGAGUCUUGAAGAGACAACAUCCGGCUGGGAUGUACCUCUAGAUGAAGCACGCGCUAUUGUAGAAAGCCAAUUCCUGUCUCUCCGGCUCCGCUCACGGGGCCUUACCACAGCCCCCGCCGAAGGUAUCCCCCCACAGCCCAAACGAGUCUACCUUGUGGGCGGCGGGUCGCGAAACAAAGCCAUCGCCAAAAUCGCCGGCGAAAUCCUAGGCGGCUACGACGGUGUGUACAAGCUCGAUGUCGGCGAGAAUGCGUGUGCGCUUGGUGCAGCGUACAAAGCUGUUUGGGGCAUUGAGCGACAACCGGGACAGACGUUUGAGGAUUUGAUCGGCAAGCGAUGGCGUGAGGAGGAGUUUGUUGAGAAGAUUGCGGAUGGGUAUCAGCCGGAGGUAUUUAAGAAGUAUGGAGAUGCGAUGGAGGGAUUUGAUAGAAUGGAGCAGCAGAUUCUGCAGCAGGAGGGACGGAAGUAG